UUCAUGGAGGUAUGAGGUCGUCGAACUCUAGUUGUUUCUUACACUAGUAUCCCCCUCGUAGGUAGAGUGAAUGGUUUAAUCCAGUGACCCUUCAACUCUCACCCUAAUCGUUACGUGUCCCCUCUUCCAAUGUCAGAUUGGGUGACCAGUAUGACUAGUAGAAGCACCCAACAUGAGCCGGAGUAAGCUGGAUGUGAUGUACAGGCGCCUCCUGCUUACCAAGUUCUUUACUCGAGGAUGGGGAGACUUGGACCAACUCAAGAGGUUGCUGGAAUUCAAGAAGUUUGUCCAGAACAGGGAUUUGUGCUGCCAGCUGGUGGACACACACUUCAGAAAUUAUCCUGUGGCCAUUGACAAAAGUAGUGUUGGUGGAGAUUGUAAGAUUUUAGAGGGACACUUCACCUCACCGCUCACCCACAUCCUACCGGGACUCCUACCCAGGGAGGCAGAAACUGCAAGGUUCCAACUUAUCCUGCCCGUGCGAUGGCCCACGGAACAAAGACCAGUUUGUAUCCACCUAGCCGGCACAGGAGACCACUUCUUCUGGAGACGCAGGACUCUGAUGGCCAAACCACUGCUGAAGGAAUCAGGGAUCGCCUCUCUACUACUGCUGGAGAACCCUUAUUAUGGAUACAGAAAGCCUAAGGAUCAACUUCGUUCGAGUCUCCUGAACGUUAGCGACAUCUUUGUGAUGGGCGGGGCUCUGAUUCUGGAGUCCCAGGUCCUGCUGCACUGGUGUGAGAGACAAGGUCUGGGGCCGCUGGGGCUGACAGGCAUCUCCAUGGGAGGACACAUGGCAUCCCUAGCGGCGUCCAACUGGCCCAAGCCCAUUGCUCUCGUCCCUUGUCUUUCCUGGAGCACAGCUUCCUCAGUUUUUACACAGGGAGUGCUGAGUCGAGCCAUCCCCUGGAGACUACUAGAGAAACAAUAUGAAAACGAUGCAUAUAUACAGGAGAUUGGUGCCCUCCUCAAGUCUAUUGGGGAAGAUUCCUUCAAACUGGGCCAAGAUUUUGUAACCAAUGUCGGAGAAUUGCAACACUUGAACACAAACCUUUUAGUACUGAAAUCUGACUCACUAGAUCAAAUGUCAACUUCCAAAAUCGUUGUCAGUAAUCCAACAAUGGAUAAAUCUGAGAUACUUCAGCAUGGAAGCGACACAUCCUUGUCUGGAAGUACAAGACAGUUGUUACAUGACAAGGACGAGAGCCGCAAAGUGAAGACAGCUUUGAGGAAGGCUCGACUAAAAGCCCAACAAAGAAGUCAGGAAGCAAUGGUUUUCAUGGCGGGUGUCAUGGACGAGAUCACACACCUGAAAAACUACACAGUGCCUGUGGACCCAAAGCUGGUGGUGGUGGUCGCGGCUAAACACGAUUCCUACGUACCGAGGGACAAUGUCACUGACCUUGCCGACCUUUGGCCGGGAUGUGAGGUCAGAUAUAUCGACACUGGACACAUCGCUGCCUUCCUGUUCAACCAAAGUGUCUUCAGAAAAGCCAUCACUGAUGCAUUCACCCGAAUGGGGAAGACUUGAUGUUGCUAAUGGUCAUCAUGGCAACUGCAAUCGACCAAUCAGAACCUACAUUGCAUCAACUCCUAUGUUUAAAGUGUGAAUUUAAACCAGUACAGACCAAUGGCUGUGAUCCUCAAUUUUGGCCAUACCAUAUAUGGUACAGACUGCAGGGACUGGCACAGUGUAUUAUUUUAUCAGUAAUGCAUUUAAGAAGUGCAGCGUGUUUUUAAUUUAUUUGCUGUGAGAUUGAGCAGAAAAUGGUAUCUCUGUCAACUAUGUAAUGUUACUGUACAUGUAAAUGAUGUCUAACAAGUACAUUGUAUCAAUGUAUGUCAACAUCAUUGACAAAAUUUAAAGUGUGUGAGCUUGCAGCUUGAUGAUGUAUUUAAUAUGAUAUAGCGACACAAAAAUGUGUGCCACUGGACCGCUAUUGUUGACUGAUCAUAUUUGUAGUCAUUAGCAUGAACUCUCAUAGUUACCCUGGGUGCCAUAAUACUGCCAAGUUUAAUAAGAAAAAAACAUUGUUAUACAUGUAGAAAGUAAGGCUUGCUGAAGAUUGUCUUGAACACCUAAAUACAUGUAUCUGAAACGUAUAUACCUCUGGAUUACUGAUGCUGCAUUGGUACAUUGUACAUCUCUCUAAAUCACUAAAAAUUAAACACAUAUUUUUUCUUGAUAUGUGGCAGUAUUGUGGCACCCGGUGGAAUUAUGAGAGUUCAUGUUACAAAUGUACUGUUGCAUCUAACCUAUGCUUGAAAGCUGUAGUGAGUGUUGAAAUUCUAAAAAUAUCUCUCUAUUGUGUCAAAUGAUAUAAAAAUCCUACUGUACAGUUACUGUAGUGGCUGCAUAUCAAUUUGUAAAAAAAGUUAAAGACUUAUUGUACACUCCAGUUUAAUCUUUACUGGUUUGGCCAUCCAAAGAACAAUAUGUUUACUAACUGUACAGUAAGUAUAAAAAUAAUGUGAAACUCAGGCAUUGCUGUGUUCACUAGACUUUAUUGUUCAUCAUGAAAUAACACUACAUUUUGCUCUGAUUCAAUGAUUUAUGAUGUUGUGCUCAUGUCAAAUUUGUAGAGGCCAAGACAACCUCUUAAAAGUACCCUCUGAAUAUGAUACCAUUCUAGACAUUUGAAUCUAGGCAAAGGUAACGUUAAACAAAUUUCAACAUGGGACUGCAAGUCAAAGAUUUACAAAAUUUAUUAAAGUAAAGCCUUGAGAACAGUUUGCAAAGUUACGAUGUUUUGACUUUGGGAUUGUGAUAUCAACUCUUCUGCCUUGAUCAUAGCAAACACAAACAUGUUUGUGUUGUACAUGUUGUAUGUGCCUUCAAUGUAAUGCCUUCUUAAUAUACACACUAAUGUGCAGAUUUUUUGUAUCUUCCAUAUGCAAUCGAUCAUGGCCUACUUUGCUUCUGCCUUCUGUCCAUGUAAUUGCAAAUAAUAGAAUUCAUACAAUGUGCUGGUAAAAUAAUGUAAAAAA